AUCAGGCUUGUGGAAUCAUAGAGCCAGACUUUCAGGUUAGGAGAGGGGGCGUUGGUAGUUAACCUGAUCUCCAUCUAACUCUGGCAUGCUUGGUAGCUUCAGUAAAACUGCUGGAGCAUUAUAAAAAACCCAGACGAGCCAACUGAUGUUUUCAUGGGGACAACAGAGAGCUGACUUGGGAUCUUCAGGCUCAGGUGUCAUGGGAGCUACAGAAGUACUUCUUGUCACACACUGUGUUGUCUUGUACCUCCCUCAGAUGGUGGCACUGAGUUCAGAAAAAUUCACAGUGACUGGAUUGACUAGGCCAGUCUUGACUCCACUGGGUGGAACUCUAGAACUCAGUUGUCAGUUGUCUCCACCACAACAAGCACAGCACAUGGAGAUUCGCUGGUUCAGGAACCAUUAUACGCAGCCAGUGUACCUGUACAGGGAUGGUAAAGACCUGCAUGGAGAAACUAUCUCCAAGUAUGUGGAGAGGACAGAACUCCUGAAAGAUGCCAUUGGAGAAGGGAAAGUGACCCUCAGGAUCUUUAAUGUGACUGUUGAUGACGAUGGACCAUACCACUGCAUCUUCAAAGAUGAUGAAUUCUAUGAAGAGCACAUCACAGAGGUCAAGGUCACAGUCUCAGGCUCAGACAUACAGAUUCUUAUGCAUUCCCCUAAUAUCAAAGGUGUGAUGUUGGAGUGUCACUCGGGAGGUUGGUUCCCACAGCCUCAUAUGGAAUGGAGAGACAGCAAAGGAGAGAUCAUUCCAGCAACAUCAAAAUCCCAUUCACGGGAUGGAAACAAAUUGUUCCACAUGACAAUGGCCCUUUUUAUUAAAGCCCAUUCCCACAGAAAUGUCACUUGCUAUCUUCAAAACCAUCUAACUCACCAAGAAGAAAGUAUAAGUAUUGUCCUAUCAGGUAAACUGUUUUCAUGGAGAAGUAUUUGGAUUCGGAUUCUGAGUAUAAUAGCAUUUGUGCUGGUACCCUUCCUCUUGACUUCCUGUGUUCAGCAACAUCUCACAUGUGCUCUAAAUCUCAGAAGUACAACCAGUCCCUCUAGAUCACCUCCAACGGAUGCAGUAUGUCCAUCAAGUAACUGCUCUGUGAUAAAUAGUCCUUGGAAAAGGGGUGCAAUUGUUUUCAUGAUUUCAAUGAUUGCAAUUAUGGGAGUCAUUCUCAUUUUGCAUCUAAAACAAAGAGUCCCAGUUUCAGAUCCACAUUUUGAAUUGGACACUUUAUGGUUGGAAGAUAUUAGUGUGAUCCUGUAUGUGAUGAUAGUGUUCAUCAUCAAGCUGGUUUCAUUUAUUUACUUCAGAUUGCAAGAAAAUGAAAAAAGUUCCAAAUGGUACCUGCUUCAAUGUAUCCAACCAGGACAGCAUCUCAGAAAACACCAGACAAAUGAAACACAGACAACAAACUCAUUUGGAGGAAAUAUAGAAGAAGAAGAGGAGGAGAAGGAGGAGAAGGAAGAGGAAGAGAAAGAGGAAGAGGAAGAAGAAGUCAAUAACUGGGGAGACAUCAAGACUUAACUCUUCCAGAGAUUUUGGAGAAACAAUGAGGUCACAAGAAGACGACUUUCUCUUUUUCUUGGCCCUCUGUUAACUAUUCUUGCAAUUCUCUUAUGUUUGCCUAUAUUAGUUAGACUAGCCACUAGGUGUCAUUGGCCUCUACUACAGCUAUUAUUUUCUCUUUUAAAAAUUAAAAGGGGGGUUCAGGGCACAUGUAGGUACUUGUGUUCACAGAUAAGCACUAGGGAAAUCAGGAAUAUUAAAUACAUGAGGUUAUCUCUUCAAAGGAAGAUUUGUAUUACCUGUUUCCCAUCCUGAAGGCUGGGAGAGAAGGUGAUUAAUAGCCUAGUGACUUCUGUGCUAUCUAUAUAGCCAGGCCAUACCACUUCCUCACACUCUUGAGCCUAUUUAUCUCAGACAACUUCUAGCUCUGUUCUGCCCCAGACCCUUAUCAUGAGCUUUGUUUACCUUGUACCUACUUCCUUAGUUAAUAUACAGGACCUAUGUUUAUGGAAGAUGUCACUUGUAUUUUACAAGAAUUUUAAUGUAAUUGUCUUUAACUUUGUUGUGCAGAUGGGAUUGAGUUAAUUAUCACCAGGAAACAUUUUUCCAAAUUGUGCUGGGCUUAAAUAUGGCUGAAAUAGCUACCUGGUGUCAGCCUUGAAGUUUGAGCCAACACUGACUAUUGAUUGAGUCUUGUUUAACUAAACUGCUUUAUCUCACAUGGAUUGACAUUCUGGUGGAAUUGGUGAUUAUAUAGACCCUCUCUUCAAUUUCCCUUCAUCCUUCUCAUCCUUCCAAUUUUUCCCAUUCUCAUUUCAUCACAAUUGUAUGGUCUCCUGCUCUUUCAGUUGUUCAAUUUCCAGUACCAACAUUGUAGUUCAUAACCAUGUACAACACCAAUUCUAGGGUCUCUCCGGCAAUUCUUCUUCUAGCUUCUGUGUGCAUCAGACACACACACACAUGAUAUACACAUAUGCAUGCAGGCUAACACUCAUACACAUGAAUCAAAAUUAAAUAAUUUUUAUCUGAAAUUUUGUUGAAAAGCAAAAGUUGGAUAUAAAUUAUUAUGACUCUCUUUUGAGGUGAAUAAGGCCAAAGCAAUGGGGCCACGCCUUAAGCAAACAAAAAGCUGUGGCAUAUGCAGAGAGCACUCUGGCCAGAUGAAACCUGACCAAUAAGCUGCAAACCAAAAGAGGAUGAUAUGCAGCCUAGAGCCAAUCAAGAAACACCAUAGCAUAGCAGCUAGGAGCAAAACCUGCCAAAAAUCCACAUGUAUAAACCUCAGUCCUUUGUUUUAUAAAUGAGUGAUUGCUUGCAAA